GAUGAAACAGUUUCGAAAGUGCGAUCGAAGAAAAGAGGACGUAAAAGAGGACGUGUGGAUCUGGGUGAUUCACAUCAUUCAAUCGAGACAGGAGCAUCAAAGAAGCACAAGAGGACGGUCAACGAAAAGAAUGCUCAACACAAUUAUGAUCGCACGGUUACGCCGUGUGCGGUGUCAGGGUGUAGGGCGCAUGUGGGUGAUAAUAUAGCGGAAGAGUGUAACAGAACUAUGCGAUUCUUUGGGUUACCGCCGUCCUAUGAGGCAGCAACCGCAUGGAUAUACGCUUGUAAACAAAAACGGGCAUUCCGAUCACUGGUGAAUUUCAUCGUUUGUGAGCAACAUUUCGUCGAUGGCCGCCCGACUUCUUUGAAUCCGAACCCAACUCUUCGCAUACCAUCGUUAGCUCAAAGUCAGUCAUAG